AUGCUUUCAACUGCAAUAAAUCCCCAGUCAUUCUCUACUCCAGGCUGGCAGAUCGAGACCAAGUAUUCAACCAAAGUGCUCACUGGAAACUGGGUGGAAGAGAGGAGGAAGUUCACCAAAGCCACUGAGAAGACACCCCAGUCCCUUUACAGAAAAGAGUACGUCCCCUUCCCAGGCCACAGACCGGACCAGAUCUCCAGGUGGUACAGCAAGAGGAGAAUUGAGGGGCUUCUGUACAAACACCUGAUCACCCACCACCAGGAGCCCUCGCACCGCCAUCUCAUCAGCACCUACGACGACCAUUACAACCGGCAUCAUUACAACCCGGGCCUGCCUCCCCUCCGCUCCUGGAAUGGGCACAAGUUGCUGUGGCUACCAGAGAAGUCCGACUUCCCCCUUCUUGCGCCCCCUACAAAUUAUGGACUCUACGAGCGGCUGAAGCAGAGGUGGCUGGCAUCCAAGGUUGGCCCGAGGGAGAGGGAGAGCAUUUAUACUUCGUCCUACCCCAGACCACCGUUGUGGGCUAUGUCCCAGCGGGAGCACGCGAUCCCGGUCCCUCCCCGUCGCCUGCACCCUGUCCCAAGCUUCUGA